AUUCUUUCUCUGUCCACGCUGUGCACCUACCUGAGUUCGCCUUGUCGUUGCUGGUAAUUAAGAUCGAUAGAUAGUUUGUUGGCGCCAAUUGGGGCCGAGGUAUCCAGGACUCAGGAAGGGGAGAUUGUUAGUGGGUAUGUCUUGUAGGAUUGGUGGGUCUGUUUAUGUGACGCCGAGGACGCUGGAACCACUGAAUUCACAUGAGAAAUGGAUUGCUGGAUAGGGAUUUCAGGGAGUACUCCCUCUGUCCUAAAUUACUUGUCGCAGAAAUGGAUGUAUCUAGACGCAUUUUUAGUUCUAGAUACAUUCAUUUCUAUCCAUUUUUGUGACAAGUAAUUCGGGACGGAGGGAGUAGUAUGCAGUCUCACGGGAUCUAUCUUUACAACCACGGAUGACCUCCGUUUUACAUUACCAUGGACGGGGACAGAUUUUACAUGGGGCAACAUAUCCCAUACACCCACCCUUUGUGGUGUACAAUACUUAUGAACUAAUCCUUCGAUCUGGGCAUCAAGGAGGGCACUAACCAAUCUCAUUGGAUGCCUUGAAUUUUUUUCUUCCAAAAAAGGAGGAUAAACCCCUGGCCUUUGCAUCAUACGAUGCACACAGCCAUCUCUAGUGAAACAAUGUAUCGGACAUCCAAAGUUGUACAAGGAGAUAUAGCAAGGCCCAAACACAGCCGGUCAAUAACGAGAUUACAUCACUCUACGCAUAACCUAUUACUAGACCUCAAUCCAAACCAGUUGAAUGUAUCCCAUGCUAAUAUCUCUCAACAUUUGCAACCAAAGGCCAUAGGCGCCUGAUUCUCUGCAUGUUGGAGAGAGCACCACAUAUGAUGGAUUUAUCCUGUAGCUCGGAAAAUAAUCUGCAAAUAUUUUGGUAGUUUUGAUCUGUUAAAGACACAAAUCAUUACACAAUCCCAAAUUGCCCACAAUAAGGCACACACUCCCACAUGGAUUUGUGCCUUAAAUUUUGGAUGAACACUGGCCAACUAGUCUCUUAACAAAUUUGGUAUGGUAGUAGGCACAGACAAAACAGGAUACUUUGGAUGUAAACCGCAAAUGUGUGUAGGCACAUGUUUUGAGAAUAUAUAUGUGCCAUAAUAUCUAGGAACAUAUUAAGAGUUCCAAUCUUCUAAGGAUUUGGUAUUAUAAAAUUCUCAUUUUGAAUCCAAGCAACUAUUAUGAGAAACUGCCGUUUUAUUUUCCUUCUAUGAUUAGUAUUGUUCCGAAUAUCAGCCAGUUAAUCGGCAUCUAGGUCAGUUAAUCGCUACUCGGUGGGUCACCGAAUAUCUGAUUAACUGAUUUAUCGGCAAUUCGCAUAUUUAUCCCUACUCGGGACCCGACCGAUAUGGUACCAGUUACCGAUCUCCUGAACAUUGAUUAGAACUUUAUUCUCAUCUAUUUUCAUGAUGUUGGCAUGCUUGUCCGAGCUGGUUUCCCAGUUAUCGUUGUACAGUUCCUUGGAGAGUCUACCCAAUGAUGUUAUGAUCAGGGACGGAGCUAUGUUGGGGCCAAAUUGGGCCUUGGCCCGCCCAGCACAGCCGAAGUAUAAUAGAGAAACUGGGCCAGGAAAACAAGUGAUGUGCAUAAUUUCUUAUCCUGGCCCGCCCAACAUUCAGCCUGAAGCUCCGCCACUGGUUAUGAUGAUGCCAUCACUCGCAUCCUGGCCGGGAAGCUAAUUGCAAACCUUAUUGUCAUGGGCUCUGGGAUUAUAGGAAGAGCUAUGCUUCAGGCAUACCGAAAAGCACUUGAAAAUGCAAAUAAAACUGGUGUGGCCCAUGAAGCAGUCAACAAUAUCCGUAGGGCCAGCAAGACAAUGACCGAGCAAGAAGCGAGGCAGAUAUUGGGUGUGACUGAGCAGUCGACAUGGGAAGAGAUUGCACAGCGGUAUGACAAGCUAUUCGAGAGAAAUGCAACAUCUGGGAGCUUUUACCUCCAAUCCAAGGUUCACCGGGCCAAGGAGUGCCUAGAAAACGUGUACCAAAAGAACAAGCAAGAUGGAACUCCGACCUGAAAUUCGCAUCUUUAGAAUCCACUGCCUAGAUACUGUUACUAUACUCCCUUUGUAUCAAAAAAACGUCUUAUAUUUUGAUACAGAGGGAGUAUAUUCUUUCCUCCCUUUUGAGAAUGUACAUACCAACAAUGGUUGCUGCUGUUGUAUCAUCAAUAAAAAUUGAGCGCAGCGACGGUGAGCUCUUUAGAGAACUAAUUGUAAGCCAUCACUGAAUUCUCGUAUGGCAUUCAGUAUGAAAUUUUGUUGUUUUCGUUUGAUUA